CCGCCGCCGCCGCCACUUCCUUUGUUGUUGCUUUUGUCUCACGCGGAGCACAUGGUCCGGGAUCCUCGACUCUUAAAGUCACAGCGCUCUUGCUCAGACGCCGCAGUUUGGCCUCCCGCCUCCCUUGUCCUUCCGAGCGCGGCACAAAGCAGUGAGAUGGGGACGAGGGAGGCCCCUCUCCGGGCGGGUGUCCACACCUUGGCAUCUCAUCCCCUGGGAGAGGUAGCUGAGGAAACUUCCCGUAGCCCCGCAGUCUGUACCUGGACCGCGUUGAGGAGGGAACACUGGUUUUCUACCCCACUGAUGUGACCACCUCGAUUCUUGCGUCUGUGUCCUCUGGUUUCAUUUGAGCGCUCUGGGAAGGAGAGAUUUCCAUCCCGCUUUUACAGUUGUGGCAACUGAGGCCCAUAGAAGCAAGAGAUUUCCUUGAGCAAGGUCACCCAGGGAGUCCCGGCUGGCCAAGCAAGGACUGACUCCUGGUUCCAAGUCUGGCUAUUCUGGCCUGCCUGUUUUGGGGGGGUGAGGGAGAGAAGGGAAUGGGUUUCUCAUCCUGCUUAGCUAACUCAUGCUUUGCUUAUCUGCAAAACAGCACCUGGGCCCAAGUGACAUGACAUGGAAGGGACUCCCUAGACCCAGAUAGGGGUAACUGCUGGGGCAUGGGAAGUAGGAGGUGAGCAUGGAUGCAAGGUAGGGUGCCUGCUUCCAGGCAAGAUUGGAUUUAGGGCUGGGACCCUCAAGAUCCAUUUACACAGACCUCAUUGAGAGGACAGCACAGAGGAGUGUGGAAAGGCAGAGCAGCUACCAGGUGGCCAACUCUGUUCUUUGACCUUGAGCAAGUUGCUAGCUCUAAGUCUGAGUCUCCCUUGACUCUCUCUCUCCACAGUAGGGUGAGUCGCAGGCGACUUCAAGAAAGCUCUCCUGAUCUCCUUUAGGGCCUGGAAUACAGAGUUGGGAUUAAGUGUUUCUUAGGUUUGUUAAUGUUAGUGAGAGUCAGGAGUUGGAAGAAUCUGGGCCCAGGGGCCCAGCCAUGACCAGUUUUGUCCCUCUCUGGCUUUGUAGUCUAGAGCAAGUUACUUGCUUUCUUUGGGUCUCAGUUUCAACUAUGAAGUGGGUGUGUCCCCUCUUUGCUACCUCUGUUCCUAGUAGGACUUCAGGAAUCAAGCACCUCUCCCUUGCCAGCUGGGACAUUCCCUAGGCAGGCAUAUUUCGGAGCUACUGCCUGCAGAGCUUGAAGUGACCCCUGAUUUCUGCUUGGAGGGUAGGGGUGGAGGUCAGCCUCUCUUAUUUUCUAUCAGUGAUUGUAAACACCUAAGCUUUACAGACCACUCUUACCAGGACCUGUGAGCAGUCCUUGCCAGUCUACUGGGAGGUGGUCAUUGGGCUGUUCCCAUUUUACAGAUAAAGAAGCUGAGACUCAGAGAGGGGAAAUGAUGUGCCCAAGACUCUGGCCAGAAGUCAGGGUGUCAUGUGUGAGAAUGUAGGGGUCAACACUGUCAUCUUUUCACCAUUGUCCAUAGCUGAAGCCCCUUCCAUCUGCUGUUUUGGGUUCUCAGCUCCUUAUUACUUCCCUUUCCAGAGAAGUGGGUGUCUUUGAGGGGCUGACCACAGAACAGAUUCCCAUGAGCCUGGCCUCUGUGGGGUCCACCCCCUGAGCCCUGAUGCUGCCCAGAUUUCAGCAAGACAGCCUUGCACAAGAGUAGUGGUUGAGGCCACUGCCUGGGUCGUGUCCCAGUACACUUACAAGUUCAGCUGACUGGCCUUGGACCUCGCCUCUUUGAGCCUCACUGUGCCUAUAUCCAAGGGUCGCUAUAGGACUCAUCAAUAUGGCAUAUGGGAAGUACUGUAGUUGUUGUUACUAUUCUUCAUCAUUAGGAUUGUGAGUUCCCAGGAUCUCUGACGUCAGUUAGAGCAGAGGUUCCCAAACCUGACUGUGCUAUAGAAACUGCUGGAAAAUUUGGUUAAAAAAUCUAGGUGCCAUUGUUGCCCAACCCUGUAAAGAUUCUGAUCCAGGAGGUCUGGGCUUGGCCAGGAGUCUGUUGUUUCAGUUACUCAAAGGUUUCCUCUGAGUCUUUCUUGGCUUUUAUUUGCUAGGCUGGAUUGUCAGCAGGAAUCAGGGAAGCUGUGUUUUUACAUGCAUGUGUAAGGAUGUGUGCUUGGCCCACACCAGGGAUCACAAACCCAGUCACCUAUGGCGGGCAAUUGGGGAGUAGUCCUGGGGUGGCUCAUGCUCCAAGUAAGGGGAGCCAAGUGGAAAUGAGGGCCCAGUGGAGCCAGAUUGUCUGACCCCCUCUCCUCCAAAGGCCAGAUUUGUAUGUAGUCUCCCAAUUUUGAAUCAUUGACACUAACCACUACAACAGACUGGCUUUGGCCCUGAGUGAUUGAUUCUCCAGUAUGCAUUGCCACACUGGGCCUGCCCACCCCUCUGCCAACUGGGUUGGGCAGGACAGGUGUGAAUUCCAGCUUCCGCUUCCUGACUGCCUUUGGCAGGACAGUGUCCUGUCAGCUGGAGAAGAGCCUCCCUUGCAAGCUCAUUUUGAGAGUCAGGGCCUAGGCUUCAAAGACCAGCACAAAGGAAAUGUUUUUGCCACUGUUGGCAGGAAGGAACGGUGCUGAGGGGACAGUAUACCGCCUCCUGGCUGUGUCAACAGGGAGGUGACACUUAAAGUUGGGUAUCAAGGAUGCCUAGGAAUUUUGUCAACUGGAGAAGGAGCAGAGCAGUGAGGGCCUCCGUGUGACAGGAACAGGAAAGGCCUUCAGCUUUAGGGGCCUGACAUUUCAGAGCUUUCCCUGCCAGGGCCUCAUCCCAACCUCUGGAGUUAAUAAGUAGUCCCCCCAACUUGUCCCACCUGAACCCCCAGGGAGGGAAGAGACCUGCCACACCCCAUUCCUGCAUAACUUCCUCCUUUUGGUUCUGGCUUCCCCUUUUUUCUCAACAAGCCCCACCUUCCACUUGGUGGGGCCCCCAGAACAAGCGCCUGGCUGCAUUUCAGACCUACCUGACCAACCAAGGUGGCUGGCUUCCUUUAACACCUCCUGGGAAGCCCCUGGGCUGGACUGCUCCCUUCGGCAGCAGGGUGCAGUGAAAGGCUUGUGGUCAGCCCACCUCCCAGCUUUUGACUCUUGGGCAAGUCCCUUUCUCUCUGAGCCUCAGUUUUCUCUUCUGUAAUAUGGAGCCAACUAUAUCUUUUUUGAAGAAUAGAUGAAGUCAUACAUGGGUAGUCACUGUGGGAAUGGGUUAUGGAAAGAAACAAAGGUACAACCAGGUCUCUACCUACGAUAGGCCUCAGCUAGAGAAGGAAGGGAGGUGGCCCACUAGGACUUUGUCACCUGGGGACAGACUUGCCUUGGACUAGGAGCCCCCGAGGGCAGGAACUGGGUUAGAAACUCUUACCUGGCAAUAGUGGAAGGAAAACUGGGCCCCAACCCUGAUUGGAAUCCCCCUGAGCCAACCAGAUGGAAGGGAGGAAGCUGGAGUCCCCCCAGGAACCCUACCUGCCUGGAGGCCAGAGCUGUAGACCCUCACACUGGAGUGUGCCCUGAGGUCCCUACACUAAGGGAGCCUUACUGGAGCCAUCUGGCUCAGAAGCUUGCUGGCCAGCUCUCUAAAACUUCUACAACCCUAAGGGAGCUCAGUCCCAUUUUGUAGAGCAGAAGACUGAGGCCUGGGCUUUCAGUAGGCCAAGCCUAUCCCCGGUCUCAGCCCUGAGCCCCAGUGACAAGAAGAGGGCCAGAACCAGACAGAGUGCAUGUGCACAGGACGCACAGGGUGGGAGUGGGGGCAGACAUCGCCUGCCCCAGAAUCAAAAAGCAGGGGUUUGAUUCUGUCUCCUGGACCCCUAAUGGGGCAAGUGUCUGGGUUACUCUGUGCUUCAGUUUCUUUGUCUUUUUGACUCCUAGGGUUGUGAGCCCCAGCCCAGCCCCUCCACCCCUCUGCCACCCCUGAUGCAACCAUGGGCUCUGGCAGUGACUAGGUGGCCACCCUCCACCCCUGUGAGUCAGCGGCGAUUGUCUGCAGGACCUGGCAGCACCCCUGCCCUGCUCCGGGGAAGCCCUGGCCAUGAGGGCCUCCUGCCUGCCCAGGAUGAGCACUUACCCUCCCAGCAGCCUCCGCCCCGAGCACCACACCUCCUUGUAGAGGAGCGCCGAGCCUCGGCUCCUGCCGGCGGGAGCCCCCGAAUGCUGCACCCAGCCUCCCAACAGAGCCCGUUCAUGGUUGAUCUCCACGAGCAGGUACACCAGGGACCCGUCCCUCUGUCCUACACAGUCACCACAGUGACGACCCAAGGCUUCCCUUUGCCUUCAGGCCAGCACAUCCCUGGCUGCAGUGCCCAACAGCUCCCAGCAUGCUCCGUGAUGUUCAGUGGGCAGCACUACCCGCUCUGCUGCCUCCCGCCCCCGCUGAUCCAGGCGUGUACCAUGCAGCAGCUCCCUGUGCCCUAUCAGGCCUACCCCCACCUCAUCUCCAGUGACCACUACAUCCUGCACCCCCCACCGCCAGCCCCACACCCCCAGCCUACCCACAUGGCGCCUCUGGGGCAGUUUAUAUCACUGCAGACCCAGCACCCGCGUAUGCCCCUGCAGCGGCUGGACAAUGAUGUGGACCUUCGAGGGGAUCAGUACCCUCUGGGAAGCUUCACCUAUUCCACCUCUGCCCCAGGCCCAGCCCUGUCCCCGUCUGUGCCCCUGCACUACCUGCCCCACGAUCCCCUGCACCAAGAGCUGUCCUUUGGUGUGCCCUAUUCCCACAUGAUGCCACGGAGACUGAGCACCCAGAGAUACCGCCUGCAACAGCCACUGCCCCCACCACCCCCACCACCACCUCCGCCACCGUAUUACCCCAGCUUCCUGCCCUACUUCCUCUCGAUGCUGCCAAUGUCACCAACAGCAGUGGGGCCCACCAUCAGCCUGGAUCUCGAUGUGGAUGACGUGGAGAUGGAGAACUAUGAGGCCCUCCUGAGCCUGGCGGAACGACUGGGAGAUGCCAAGCCUCGAGGCCUCACCAAAGCAGACAUCGAGCAGCUUCCAGCCUACCGCUUUAACCCAGACAGCCAUCAGUCCGAGCAGACACUGUGUGUGGUCUGCUUCAGCGACUUUGAGGCGCGGCAGCUGCUCCGAGUUCUCCCCUGCAACCAUGAGUUCCACACCAAGUGUGUGGACAAGUGGUUGAAGGCCAAUCGGACGUGUCCCAUUUGCCGUGCUGACGCUUCCGAGGUGCCCAGGGAAGUUGAGUGAGGCCUACAGUUGCCCAUGGGAACCCUGCCCGAAGCUCUGGAAACUUGGAGGGGAUGGGGGACCCAGGGAGGAUGGGGAAGGAGUGGCCCAGGCCUACCCCAUCCUUCCCACCUGUAUCUCCAGAGCUGGUGCCAGGGUCAGGCCCAAGAGAAGCCCCUGCAAUAAGCCCCUGCAUUUGCCAAGCUCCAAAGACUCCAUCCCCAGUCUGCCUGCCAUUCGCCCGCCACGGAGCUGCCUGAGUGUCCCUAAUUCAGUGUCCCAUUUGCCCUCAGUUGCGUCUCCUUUUUCUGACAGCACUGGGAACCCGGGGUCUGUUCUCUUAUUGUGGCUGGUGGAGAUCCUUGGCCCCAGGAUGGACAAAGGGGCACAGUCCUGGGUCACUUGGUCUCUUGCACUGAAAUUGCAUGCCCUCUUCCCAGGUGGCACUGACAGGCAUGGACAGACAAUAGCAUAAGGCCAUUUCCUGAGACCCAGGCCUGGGUCCUCUGGUCUUGGCCCCAGUCAGACUCAGGCAGCCAGCCCUACCCAGCCUGCUGUGAGGGGUGGGCCUUGCUCCCUAGAGGACUCUCACCCCAGGCACAACAUUCCAGCCACACCCCCAGGCUGGAGAGCCUCAGAGCCAGCCAGCCUCCUGUACAGGACGGAGACAGGCUCUGAGCCUGGGCGGCACAUAUCCUGAGGGGCCUGGGCGAUGCCAGAGAGAGUAACCUAUGUCCUGGUGGCCACUGCUCCCUUUCAGUGAUGGGAUCUAGACCCACCCGAUGUUCCCUCUGUCAUUUUGCAUGAACAUGAGGAGUAGCAGUUUUUCUUUAUUCAUUUGGCCCAAAAUCGAGUGUAGGAUUUGGGGGUGUGGAUUUUUAAACAACUUUUCUUUUGGUUAAAUGGAGGGUAUUAGGGACCAACCAGGAAUGAGUGCCCAGGGGGCAGAGAAUGGUCUGGUGGUUCCACCUGGUCUACAUGCAUGUGCGCGGCCAGGGCUGGGCCGGGCGACCGAUGGUCACAAGCAGAGUUAGGGGGUCUGUGCUCAGCUGAUAACUGCCAUGCACUGUACUGCACACGUCCCCAGAGCCUACCGGGACCAUUUGCUUUUCAGGGCAUUUCUCCCUCUCCAGCCAGGGCCCGUCUCCCAUCCACCUGGGUGAGUCUCCUCCAAGGAAGUCCCAGGAGGACAGGGACCAGGGAGGGCGUGGGCCUCACCUCCAGGGGCCCCCUCCCAGCCUGAGCCCUGCCCUCCAAGGUCUGGAGGAGGCUCCCUGUAGGGUCUGGCUGAGCUUCCCUCCCUCUCCUUUCUAGUCCUGUCCUGCCCUACCCCCAGCUGGGGUUGCUGCCCAGAACGAACCGCGUGUGGGGCCGGCACAUCCUAGCAGGCAGCCCCUGGCGCCUGCUGCCUCAGGGAUGCUCCAACCACCCUCGUUCCCCAGCAGCGGCCCUGGCUCCCGCCUCCCCCGGCCUGCCAUGGGGCCCCAUCAGCCUGGCCCCACCCCCGUGGAGAACCCAAAGUCUUACUGUAUAUAACUCCAGGUGAUGUUUCUAUAUUUAUAGCAGCGUUGAAACCCCACGUGUUUUACACAGAGAACCAUCCUCUCUGACCCCUCCCUUCCCCACCCCAACAAAAGGUUUCCAAAACCCUCCAGUUCCUGGGGCGGUUCCUGGGGCAGGCGCAACAGGCUCUCGGAUUGUGUAGGCUGCAGCAAUGGUUCCAGUGAGCAGCUGUUGAGGGGGGCAGGAGGAGAAACAACAUU